GAGCAAGUAUUUAAAAACGGAGGGAGUAACAAACAAGGGAUUUUAUUACAGGUGGGAUUAAAAGUCGCAUUCCCAACCCCAAUUCCCACAUACCAAACGCCCCCUAAGUACUCACCAAUUCCGUAUGAAGCUAGGACGUGGAGGUGAUUAUUAUUACAUUACCCUUCCUUAUUACUCCCUUCCCCCUUUCCUCUCAAGCCCUAAAACACCUUAGUAACCCCUCACCUUCAACACUCCGGCGAUCCCCUCCGACGAGUCGGCCGACCAACUCCCUUCUCCCUUGCAUCUUUACAUCCUUAACUCCCUUCAAUUUUGUACUUCCGCUUUCUAAUUUCUCUAAUUCAUUUUUAUUUUCAUAUCAUAUUUUGCAGCUAAUUAUCGUUUUCAAAAUCACCCUUUUUUUUAAUUUUUCUAUCUGUGAUUUUUUUCAAAAAUAUUUUGAUUUUUUUUUUCUGUAAUCGUUGUUGUAUUUCAAUUGUUUCAAUUCAAAUUCUUGCCCCUUCUUUCGUCAAUUCGAUAAACCCACCUUUUCCUAAGCAUUAAUUGAAGAAUGAUAAAGAAGUAAUGACGAGUGAAGGAGGCAGUGCUCAAGCCGUAGCAGCAGCUACUGCUGAUCCUAAUUUACUUGAGUAUCGAGCUGAAGGGAGCCAGGGGUACACAUAUCAAUAUUACCCGUCAGCAGCUGCACCUACGCCUAUUACUUGGCCUGUGCAUGGGGGUGACCAUUCAAAUUUAGGGAACAGAACUGUUCAGAAUGUGAGCUACCAGUAUCAGCAGCAGCCUACUACUGUCCAGGAUGCUACAAACAUGCCUUCUAUUGCCUCUACGUCAACAGCAUCAGGGACUGAUAACGCUUCACACAUGUACCCUAGUUAUGCUACAUACCCUAAUUCCAGUAAUCCCUAUGGUUAUCCAAGUUCUGAAUACACCAAUUACUAUAGUGGUUACCAGCAGCAGCCAACUCAACCAUACACUCAAGCAACUGGAACAUAUCAAAACUCAGGUUCUUAUCAGCCUAUUUCCUCAUUUCAGAAUACCGGGUCUUAUGCUGGGUCUACAAGUUAUCCAAGCACUUAUUACAAUCCUGCUGAUUAUCAGACAACGGGAGCUUACAACGGAAGCAGCUACAGCAGCCAGACUAACUUGUGGAGUCAAGGGAACUACACAAAUUACCCUCAGCAGUAUGGGAAUUAUAGCCAUGACACAAGCAAUGCUUAUAGUUCUAGUAGUGCUGCUGCAACUACGAAUUAUCAGCAGCACUAUCAGCAAUGGGCAGAUUAUUACAGUAGUCACACUGAAGUUACCUGUGCUCCUGGGACAGAAAAUACUACUGUUGCGACCACAGCGGUUUUGUCGUGUCCAGUUCCUGGAGUUUCUAGUGGUUAUGCAGCUCCUGUGAAUCAGCCACAGGCAGCUUAUGCCCCGGCUUGGAAGCCCGAGAUUGCCCCCUCUGCAUUGCCUUCACAUCAGACAAGCAGUCCAGUAGGUGCUUAUAAUGAAUACUGGAAACAUGCUACUCAAGCUUACCAAAACCAGAGCGCUUCUAGUUCGCAGUCCAAUUUUCAGAAGCCUUUAGAUGUAAACCAUUCUAGUGCUCAGGAUCAGCAGCAUACUCUUGCACCACAAUCACAGCUACCCAAUUCAAUGUACACCGAGGUGCAACAAACUCACCCACAACCCUUGCAACCCCUUACUCCAGCAGAUACGCUCAGGGUAAGCAACCUUCAGAUUCCAUCAAAUCCUAGAAUUGCCUCAAAUUUGGCUUUGUCUAUGCCAAAAAGUUAUAAAGAUGCGGCCACAUCAAGUGUAUCAGCAAAGCCUGCCUAUGUUAGUGUCUCAUUGCCUAAACCUGCCAACAAGGCUCUGUCUGGUAGUGCUUCUGACUCAACUCUCAAGCCUGGAAUGUUCCCAGCAUCGCUUCGAGGUUAUGUAGAGAGGGCCUUGGCUCGUUGUAAGGAUGAAAAACAAAGAGCUGCUUGUCAAGAAGCCAUGAAGGAGAUUAUCACUAAAGCAACUGCUGACGGAACACUUUACUCGCGAGACUGGGAUAUUGAACCCCUUUUCCCGCUACCUGAAACAAGCACCGUGAAUAAUGAACAGAGUGUAGCACCAGCAGUAUCAUUGUCCAUAUUUAAAAGAAGCCCUAGCAGACGAACUAAAAGUCGGUGGGAGCCUCUACCAGAAGAUAAACCGAUUGAGAAACCAACAUCGACGCAUCAGGAAUCUGCUAGGCAGGGUGUAUGGGCUCAUUUCAACGGAAGGGAUCAUAAGUUAUCCUUGCAGUCUGUUGCCGGAAAAUCCGAGAGAAAAGAUGCAACUUUCAGUAGAUUUUCUACUGUGGAGCAGACAACUGCUAGAAGUGCCCACAGGCCUUCUAAAAGACAACGCUUUGUUAACGACUCUAGUGCCACUGAAAAUGGUGAUGCCUCAAGUGAUAGUGAUAAGGAACAAAGUUUGACAGCAUACUACUCUGGAGCAAUUACACUUGCCAACUCACCAGAAGAAAGGAAGAGGCGUGAGAAUCGUUCCAAGCGCUUUGAGAAAGGUAAUGGACAAAGAUCUGAGAAUCGUUUUAGACCAAAGAAGGCUAGUGUUGGAAAUCUGUAUGCCAGAAGGGCCAGUGCGCUGGUGCUUAGCAAAACUUUAGAAGAUGGAGUUUCUAGGGCUGUUGAAGAUAUAGACUGGGAUGCCCUUACUGUUAAGGGUACAUGCCAGGAAAUUGAGAAACGCUAUUUGCGACUUACUUCUGCACCUGAUCCAUCGACUGUUAGACCUGAGGAAGUGUUAGAGAAGGCUUUGCACAUGGUUCAAAACUCACAGAAAAACUACCUAUACAAAUGUGAUCAAUUAAAAUCGAUUCGUCAAGAUUUGACUGUGCAGAGGAUACGGAAUGAACUGACAGUCAAGGUCUAUGAAACUCAUGCUCGACUUGCUCUCGAAUUCGGGGACUUGCCAGAGUUUAAUCAGUCUCAGUCGCAGUUGAAAUCGUUGUACGCUGAAGGAAUUGCAGGUUGCCACAUGGAAUUUUCUGCUUACAAUUUGCUUUCAAUCAGUUUACUUUCCAAUAAUAGAAGAGAUCUGCUAUCAUUGAUGUCAAGAUUAUCUGAUGAAACUAAAAGGCAUGAAGCUGUGAAGCAUGCACUUUCAGUUAGGUCGGCUGUUACAUCAGGAAAUUAUGUCCUGUUCUUCAGACUGUAUAAGUCAGCACCUAAUUUGAACACUUGUCUCAUGGAUCUCUGUGUAGAAAAAAUGCGCUUUGAGGCUGUGAAAUGCAUGUCUCGUACGUAUAGACCUACAAUUCCUGUUUCUUAUGUUACUCAAGUUUUGGGAUUCAGCAGUGUAUCUGAAGGUGAAGGGGCUGAUGAGGGAGACGUGGAUGGCUUGGAGGAAUGCAUGGAAUGGUUGAAGGCGCAUGGUGCGUGCCUUAUUGCAGAUAAUAAUGGUGAAAUGAUGAUUGAUGCAAAGGUCUCCUCAUCUAGUCUCUGCAUACCUGAACCUGAUGAUGCUGUGGCUCAUGGAGAUGCCAAUCUUGCUGUGAACGAUUUCUUCACUCGAGCAUCCACUUAACUGUUCUUUCUAAAAAAAGGUUUGAGAGCACUGGGAAGUCAUAGUAUUGAUAUUCAUCUGACCAUCAACAGUAUAAUUGAUGACAAAAUAAUCAUCAUCAAAAGGGCAGGACUAGGGUUUUAGAAAGUCUGGCCCUCUGAUGCUGAUCUUAAAGGAUUUUAUGUUGGUGGAGGGAUGGAGUAUGCACAUGCAUAUAACAUUGGAAUUGCUAGAGACGAAAUCUGGCACAGGCACAAGCAUGCUAGUGGCUUGUAGAUGCACCAAAGCCUCAUAGCAAACCGAUUUGUCAAAGAUUAGUCUGUAAACUUGUUAGUGAAUGUAGUUGUAACAUCAAUUCAUUCUUGUUCGAGUAAAAAGUACAUAUAGGCAAGAAAAGCAACGCGAAUAAGGUGGUCAUCCAUGUAUCUGAUGUAAUUUUUGCCAAAUUUUUGUUCUAAGUAGACUAUUUUCAAAAAAUUUGUUUUGCCCAUCAAAAAAGUUGGCAAGCUAUAGAGUUCUUUGUUUUUCACA